CGGGGAAAGAGGGGAAAUAUUAUGUUACGUUACGAUACGAUUUACGAUUACCGAUGAUAAAACGGGACGGGAAGCAAAAUGGAGGCAGCUAAACGCAUCCGGGAAGAUUCGAAAUGAUAACGUGAUAAAUAAACGUUCAAAAAAAUAAUUUAUUAUACUUAAAAAUGGGUGUUAUAUAAUUAAAAUUUAGUUGAAACUAGUGCUUUCAAAAAAAUGUUACAAAACUCUCCUUAUGUGUAUUCAAAGUUCAGUGUAAUAUUGGUGAUUGCUUCUGUUUUGACAUCUAUACAAAGCUCAAUACAAGGACAUGUACUGGAGUUCACAGUAGAACCUUCUGAUACUGUAGUAGAAGCAGGUCAAUCGACUGUACUUGACUGUGUUGUAAGGGCUUCCCACCAUCAAGCCAGCGUCCUUAUACAGUGGUUGGAUCAAGAUGGAUCCAAACUUACGUUUAUUGGUGAUUCAUACAGAUCUCAACUUACUAAUGGAUCAUUGUACAUAACCAGUGUGAUAGAAGAUCAAAGAUUAACUGGCAAAUACCAAUGUAUUGCAUCGUUGCCAAAUGUAGGCUCUAUAGUGAGUCGUAUAGCCAAGCUGAGUAUAGCAAAUCUUGUUGGUUUCCAAGAAGAACCUCGCGACUUAAAUGUGUAUGUUGGACAACGUGCAUAUUUUGCAUGCCAUGUGAUAGGAACGCCACCCCCAAAAAUAAGAUGGUUGAAAGAUGAAAGACCACUUAUUAUCGAUGAACUACGUAUGGCGAUAUUGCCUUCAGGUGCCUUGGAAAUUGAUGAAGUUGUUGAUUCAGAUCAAGGAACUUACAGAUGCAAUGCAUCAGGUUUGAGUUCCUACAAACUGAGCAAUAAGGCCGUAUUGCACAUCAACCGGGACCAAGAAGAAGCCCUCCAUGUAGCCUCGCCCACUUUUAUCGCCCAACCUCUGCCAGGAACUUAUAUCGAAGGCCAAAAUGUAUCUUUAGAUUGUGCAGCAAAUGGGAAUCCCAUGCCUACAAUUACUUGGUUAAAGGAUGGAUAUCCCAUUGAUAUGAAUGAUUUGGAUAGUAGGUUUAAGCUGGCAGGCACCACUAAUUCGCUUCGAAUAACUAUGAUACAGGAACAAGAUGGCGGUAAUUAUCAGUGUCGAGCUGAGAAUAGAGAAGACAGCAUGGAUGCAUCUGCUUUAAUCCAAAUACAAGUGCCUCCUAAAUUUUUAAAGAAACCUCAAGAUAAAAUUGAACAUUCCACAAAGGAUAUAGAAUUAGAAUGUGCUGUAUAUGGUGUUCCAGAACCUAAAGUGCAGUGGUUCAAAAACGGGGAGCUGGUUAAAUAUUCGGAUUAUUACAAAUUAGUGACUGGAUACAAUUUAAAAAUAAUGGGGCUGAUGAUAAGCGAUUCUGGGUUAUUUCAGUGUUUCGCUACCAAUCAGGCUGGAAAUAUACAGGCUGUGGCCAAUUUGAAAGUUUUGGCCAAUCCAGAAAAAAGAAAAUCUAAACACCAUCCCAAAAAAGUCCUGCCUCAACAGUCGAUCUCCCUUUUCUCGUCCUUAAAGUCCGACUCCCAUGGCAAACUGUCCGACAUCCCUAUCCCGCAUGCAAUCAAAAAUCCCGAGGGUCACAUGUUCGACCCUCACUCAGCUUUCAACGCCCUAAAGAGUAGCGAAUCUAACGAUAGUAAUACUAACCUUGGUGACGUUCAAUUUGCUUUUACUCCCUCCCCUCGCAAACCUAUCGCAGCCGCUAGUGCAGAAAAGAAGGACGAAGAAAGAUUGCCGGGGCCGCCGCAAGAGCUGAAGGCGCCCAUCAUUAAGGCCAGAUUUGUGAUACUUAGUUGGAAGCCGCCUGUGGAUAACGCGGAUAACAUCCAGUCGUAUUCUGUUUAUUAUCGGCAGGAUGGCAGUGACAGAGAAAGAUACCAAAACACCUCCAGGUCAAAACUAGAAGAAAUUAACAUUGGAGGUCUGCUACCAGGCCGCGUUUAUCAUUUUCGUAUUGUCCCAUACAACGCCUUGGGUGCUGGGGAAUCCUCAGAACCUUUGACAGUCACAACACAAUCAGAAGAGCAUGUAGCCAGUACUCCGCUAAAUUUUAACGUGUAUGCAACUAGUCCCAAAAACGUCCACAUAAGUUGGCAUCCACCAGAAACAGCCAAUGGAAAUAUUUUGAGAUAUACAAUAUUUUAUAUGGAAACAAGUGCCUCGGUAGAACACAACGUGGAUACCAUUGAUUUGAACUAUGAUCUAAAUGGCCUAAUGCCGUACACAGAAUACAGUGUAUGGGUUGUAGCUGUUAAUGAAAAUGGUGCAGGCGCAGCUACAGAAGAAAAGUUAGUUCGAACUUUUAGUGCUCCACCCUCCGAACCCCCUAUCAAUAUAACUACAGAGCCCUCAAGUACGAGUAUAACUGUCCGUUGGGAACCACCACCUCCCGAAGCCCAAAACGGCGUCAUUCUUGGGUACAGAAUAAAAUGGCGUCGAGUGGCUAGAGGAAAAGCAUUUACCUAUACAACACAACCCAGCGAAAGGCACUAUGUAAUUAACGAUUUAGAAAAGGGAGUUUUGUACCAAAUUAGACUCUGGGCAAUGAAUGUCAAUGGUACGGGUCCGGGUUCUGAAUGGGUUGAAGUCGAGACGUUUCAAAAUGACGUUGAUGAAAGUAAAGUACCUGAGCAACCUGCUGCUAUUAGAGUUCGUCCAACAUUUGAUAAGCUUUAUGUGAUGUGGUCUCCACCAAAUAAUCAAAAAAUAAGGGUUCGUCAUUAUAUUCUUGGUUGGGGCAAAGGAAUACCUGACAUGUAUUCUCAAGAAUUAGAUGAGAGAAACAGAACAUACGUCAUUGACAGAUUAGAGCCAAAUUCAGAAUACGUUUUAAGUUUGAGAGCCAGCAAUCAGGUAGGUGCUGGAGCUCCAAUUUAUACCCAAGUUCGUACUCAAGAUGAACCUCCUCCAGAACCUGCUGUUACUCUUUAUCCGCCAAUGGGGCUUAAAGCGCAAGUCUUGAGCACUAGUUCAGUAGUUCUAUACUGGACUGACCCUACACUAAAACAAAGCCAAUAUGUAAGAGACAGCCGUUAUUAUACUGUUAAAAUUAUAGACGAUAAAAUGAGAAAACCAAGAUAUAUUAAUGUUACUGAUUUGAAUUUAAUGGUAGAUGAAUUGAAGCCUAAUACCCUCUAUGAAUUUUCCGUAAAACUUGUAAAAGGGCGAAAAGAAAGCUCCUGGAGCAUGGUAGCCCACAACAGAACCUGGGAGCUGCCCUUAAACGUUGCUCCCAGGGAACUUGACGCGCAUUUUAAAGACGAAGAAUCCCAUCUGGUAGAACUUUCUUGGCAACCUCCCAAAACUUAUACAGGACGUAUCACUGGCUAUGUUAUUUUGUACACGGACAAUAAAAGUUUGUCUGAUCCAGAGUGGAAUGCUUCCGCUGUAAAAGGAGACGUUCAUUCGAGCAUAAUUUAUAAUUUAAAGCCAUUCACGAUGUAUUAUUUUAAAGUUCAGGCUAGGAAUAGUAGAGGAUAUGGACCAUUUUCGAAUGUGGUUACUUUUAGAACGGGUCAAAGUGUCGCAACUUCCCCGUCAAUUCCAGGCCAGCAAUUAGAUUCCAGUGGAGUAUUUUCAUCUGACGUCCUACUUUAUACCACUUUAGCAGGAUGCAUAUUAGCACUAGCCACAAUAGCAACAGUUGUAAGUUUCUUCUGUUGUAGAAAAACAGAUACCAGUACGUCGCCUGAUAGAGUGAAAAAGGGUUAUCAAAAGGGUUCCCAAAACAUAAAACCGCCGGACCUGUGGAUUCACCAUGAUCAGAUGGAAUUGAAAGCGCUGGAAAAGAGACAUUCGCACAACGAUGGAGCAAGCAGCAGUGGUGCAAUGACAUUACCUAGAAGCGUAGGUGGAACUGAAUAUGAUCAACAUGAUGGAAUGAAUACCAAUUCGUUAGAUAAACGGGGUUACGUUUCAAAUUAUGUUGGCGAUGAUAUACAGAAAGGUUCUGCCAAACCGAAACCAAUAACUUUUCCAGUUGAUGCCAAACCCAUCAGAGAAGCUAUCGCCACUCCAAUAAACUCGGCCGCCUUAAGCCAAUCCAGUGCCGAUUCAACUCCAUCGGGCAGACAACCGUAUGUCAGAGCCCAGUAUUCAAUGCCUUCAAGAGCCCAGGUGCCUUUUGACUCAACCUUGCCACAUAGCCAAGCAACGGAAAACGUCUACAUAACUCACCCCGUAGCACACAAUCCUCACGAUGCCGGUACUCCCCUUAGUUCAGGGUACAUCGGCCAUCCCCAACCUGUGCCCUCUGGCGGCGGCUUUAAUACCCCACCAGGUCCUGGGUGGGUAGAUGGAUCAAAAAGAAUACAAGCUCAAGGUCACCCGCUCAAGAGCUUCACUGUGCCAGCUCCUCCACCGAUCUCAGCGCCCGGUACGCCACAAGCUAAGCAUAUCGUAACAGUCAGGCCAACGACUUCUCCUUACAAGAAGGCCGCGUUGGGCAGCAGCCCGCCCACCACUAUGAGCACGCCCACAUCUAGAAUUAACUCUUCCAAUCCUCCCCCGCACACCGCCGAAGAAAUUCAACGAUUGCAACCCUCGCAUUCUACCGAAGAACUCAACCAAGAGAUGGCGAAUCUCGAAGGACUGAUGUUGACUUUGAACGCCAUUACGGCCAAUGAGUUUGAAUGUUGAUACUUACAUAGAGAGGUUUAAAUUUCUGACGAGAACUAGGAUCGUUCGCGGUUAAAUAAUAUCAAAUAUGCAUCUGCGAGGUAAAACCGUGUUUUAAGUCGAAAUUUGACUAAUUUGCUGUCAAUGGGAGAGAUUAGCGAAAGAUAUGGGUAGGUGACAAUACCACCGCAAACAUCCUAUUAGAUUUGACAGUUGAAUUUCACACUUACGCUGGGAAAGCGCGUUGAGAAUUCUUGGAUGGAAAAUGGCCUUUAACGUCGCGUUUUAAAAUUUAACCUAUUUAUUGGUCUAUAACAAAUCGUUUUUGUUUUUUGAUUCCACGAACAUUUUUCGAAAUUAUUUGUUCGAAAAAUAAUCUUUUAAUUACAUAUUUUUUCGAAAAGUAAUAUCUUCGAUUUCUAUUUUUUUAAAUGUAAUUUUUCAAAAAAUCAUUGUUCGAAAUGAAAUUUAUCGAAUCGCC